CUCCAGUCCAGUAACACUCGAGGGGCAAGACCGGGAAAGGAAAACAGAGGGCACGUCAGACGCCUCACGGCAGGGAACAAUUGACAGACAUCAUCUCCCGACGUCAUUCAGGCCCUUAUAGUUUACCACGAUGGCCACGACUACGGUAACGGCGACGAUCCGGAAGAAGGACGCAAACCUGCCCCCAGAGAACGAGCGCUUCCUCCGAUGCUGCGCAGACAUCGCCAGCGCUUUGAUUGAGGACCAUGAGGCGGCCAAGGACUCUAGCCGUCCCCGCAAGGACAUCAACCUCAAUGCGCUGCGAUCCAAGUUCGCAAAGAAGCACAGGAUCAACAAUGUCCCCCCAUUGACGGCCAUCAUCGCUGCUGUGCCCGAACACUACAAGAAGUACAUUCUUCCAAGGCUAAUCGCCAAGCCAAUUCGCACUUCCUCUGGCAUCGCGGUCGUGGCGGUCAUGUGCAAGCCGCACCGAUGUCCGCAUAUCGCAUACACCGGCAACAUCUGCGUCUACUGUCCCGGCGGCCCGGAUUCUGACUUUGAGUAUAGCACACAGUCCUACACUGGAUAUGAACCGACGUCCAUGCGCGCCAUCCGCGCGCGGUACGACCCCUUCGAGCAGGCUCGCGGGCGGGUCGACCAGCUCAAGGCGCUCGGCCACUCGGUCGACAAGGUUGAGUACAUCAUCAUGGGCGGGACAUUCAUGUCGCUGCCGGAAUCUUAUCGGGACGAGUUUAUCUCCCAGCUCCACAACGCGCUGAGCGGCUACGGGACGCUGAACGUGGAUGAGGCCGUCCGGGCAGGCGAGCAGAGCAGCAUCAAAUGCGUGGGCAUCACCAUCGAGACACGACCCGACUACUGCCUCCAGCCCCACCUCUCCAGCAUGCUCCGGUACGGCUGCACGCGCCUUGAAAUUGGCGUCCAGUCUUUGUACGAAGACGUCGCGCGAGACACCAACCGCGGGCACACGGUGGCCGCCGUUGCCGAGACCUUCUGCCUCGCCAAGGACGCCGGCUUCAAGGUGGUCAGCCACAUGAUGCCCGACCUGCCCAACGUCGGCAUGGAGCGCGACUUGGACCAGUUUAAGGAGUACUUCGAGAACCCGGCCUUCCGCACCGACGGCCUCAAGAUCUACCCCACCCUCGUCAUCCGCGGCACGGGGCUGUACGAGCUCUGGCGCACGGGGCGCUAUCAAAACUAUACACCCAACGGGCUGAUCGACCUGGUGGCGCGCAUCCUGGCGCUCGUCCCCCCCUGGACGCGCAUAUACCGCGUGCAGCGUGACAUCCCCAUGCCGCUGGUGACGUCGGGCGUCGAGAACGGCAACCUGCGCGAGCUGGCGCUGGCGCGGAUGAAGGACUUUGGCACGACCUGCCGCGACGUGCGCACGAGGGAGGUCGGCGUCAACGAGGUCAAGCACAAGAUUCGGCCGAACCAGAUCGAGCUGGUCAGGAGGGACUACACCGCCAACGGCGGGUGGGAGACGUUCUUGGCGUAUGAGGAUCCGAAGCAGGAUAUCCUGGUUGCGCUGCUCAGGCUGAGGAAGUGCACUGAGAAGUACACGUUCCGGGAGGAGCUGGUCGGCCAGCCGACGAGUCUUGUGCGCGAGCUGCAUGUGUACGGCAUGGCGGUGCCGGUGCAUGCGCGCGAUCCCAGGAAGUUUCAGCACCAGGGUUUCGGCACGUUGCUGAUGGAGGAGGCGGAGCGGAUUGCCCGCGAGGAGCACGGUAGUGAGAAGAUCAGUGUUAUCUCAGGGGUUGGGGUGAGGAGCUACUAUGCCAAAUUGGGGUACUGGUUGGACGGACCGUACAUGAGUAAAUGGUUGGAUGGAAGACCCCGGGAGGAGGAGUGAAGGGAUUACUCGUGGUGGUGAGGUCUCAGGUUGCAUUGUAGGGUUGUGUGGGGUGGAUACUGGCAUUGAGUGACACAGGCGUCAAUGGGUUUGAAGGCGUUGCCGGCAUUAUGUCUGCGGAUCUGUUACGACUGGAUAUGGAAAUGGAAAGGUAUGCCUCGAUCUGACUUGCGCUCUUCUCAUAUUCUGUCUGAGCGGGUAUCUGGCUACCAAGGAUGUC